UCUACUUCAUCUACUUGUUGCCUUCCCCCGUCGCGAAAAAUAUUUCUGUGAAUUUUUUCAUUUCAUUGUGUAGUCAAAAUUUGUGGUGUUAAUCGACGUCAAAAACGGAUCUUGUAAAAUUUUCUGGCAAAACGAGAAAGAUUAAUUGAUUCAGCAAUGUACUCCACCAUAAAAAACCCGAAGCCGCACGACAUGAUGACGUGCCCGUACAACAAGGCGCACCAAGUGGAGCACUACCGUAUGCACAUCCACCUCCAGAAGUGCAGGAAGCAGUACCCCAACUGCUCCAAGACUACGUGCCCGUUCAACGCUACCCAUGUUAUCAACGAUGCAGAAUUGGAUUACCACGUGUCGUCAUGCCCGGACCGCUUCCUAUUUGAUACGCAGAAGUAUAUAGUGGAAGAUGAGGUGCCGCAACGAGAACUGCCCCCUAUCCCAGUGGUGGAGUGCGAGGAAAAUUGGGAAACUGAGCAAGCGGCCUCAUACGUUCCAGACACCACUGCUAAGUCUCACAUCAUUUCUAAAGUGAAAGGCGCCACGCCGUCGGAGCGGCGGCGCGCGCGGCUCGAGGGCGUGAGGAACUACCGCCCCCUCGAGAACUGAAGCCACCGAGCUUCUUGCCCGUUCUUCUCAAGCCAGACCGGUCUGUACAGCCCCAUUUAAAGCCGUAACAGACGGACGUACAGGCGAUCUUGGUCCGAUCAAAAUAUCUCUUUCUCGUCACGUAGCCCCCAUUCGCACGAGAGCUAUUUCAACGCGCGUUAAAAAAGCGCUUGAAUCUGUCCGCACUCUAAAUUCGAUUUAACGACCAAGGUUUAAAGUCGAAAAUCCAACAACGCUUGGUAAAAAGCGCCACCGCUGUCGUGUGAAUACAUACAUGGUUAUCCAUUUGUGUCAUUCAAACGCUUUUUUAACGCGCGCCGACAAAGCUGCCGUGCGAACGGGGCCUAAAGGACGUACGGUUGACCACCUUACACACGGUCAAACCGGACCAAGGUCGCGGUCCGGUACACCCGUCUGUUACAACUUUAAUAAGGGGCUUAACACACUACGCUGCGCAAAUCAGAAGUUACCGAAUACGACCAAAACGAGAACUCUUUGCUUAAGUUCAAACAUGUUAUGUUUUUUUUCAAUUCUAUGCUAAAUUAAUCAAUUUGUGUGUAAUCAAUGUGUCUAUUUUAAAAAUAAACUGGAUGUGAUCUGAA